AGAUAUAGAACGUGGUCUCUCAAACUGGAUUAAAGAAACCUGUUGAUAUUUUUAUUUAUACUUUUUUAUUUUUGUAUUUGACUUAAAGUGCCAUGAAAAAAAUUGCAUAUUGCAAGGUGGUCCUUGCCACCUCUUUGGUUUGGGUCCUUCUGGAUAUGUUUCUGUUGCUGUACUUCAGUGAAUGCAACAAAUGUGAUGAGAAAAAAGAACGAGGCCUGCCUGCUGGAGAUGUUCCAGAACCCAUACAAAAACCACAUGAAGGACCUGGAGAGAUGGGGAAACCUGUGGUCAUUCCGAAAGAAGAGCAAGAAAAAAUGAAAGAAAUGUUUAAAAUAAAUCAAUUUAAUUUAAUGGCAAGUGAAAUGAUUGCACUCAACAGAUCUUUACCUGAUGUCAGGCUAGAAGGGUGUAAAACAAAGGUGUAUGUAGACAACCUUCCCACAACAAGUGUUGUCAUUGUUUUUCACAAUGAGGCUUGGAGCACACUUCUACGAACUGUUCACAGUGUGAUAAACCGGUCACCACGGCACAUGCUGGAAGAAAUCGUCCUCGUUGAUGACGCCAGUGAAAGAGACUUCUUGAAAAGACCGCUGGAGAACUAUGUGAGAAAAUUAAAAGUACCUGUUCAUGUGAUUCGAAUGGAACAGCGUUCUGGAUUGAUUAGAGCCAGAUUAAAGGGAGCUGCUGCUUCUAAAGGCCAGGUCAUCACCUUCUUAGAUGCUCAUUGUGAAUGUACAGUAGGCUGGCUUGAACCUCUGCUGGCAAGGAUCAAAGCUGACAGGAGAACAGUAGUGUGUCCCAUCAUUGACGUAAUUAGCGAUGACACCUUCGAAUAUAUGGCAGGUUCCGACAUGACCUAUGGUGGAUUCAACUGGAAGUUGAAUUUUCGUUGGUAUCCUGUUCCUCAGAGAGAGAUGGAUCGACGGAAAGGAGAUCGAACCCUUCCUGUUAGGACACCUACAAUGGCAGGAGGUCUUUUUUCAAUAGACAGAGAUUACUUUCAGGAAAUUGGAACAUAUGAUGCUGGAAUGGAUAUUUGGGGUGGAGAAAACUUAGAAAUCUCUUUCAGGAUUUGGCAGUGUGGUGGCACUUUGGAAAUUGUAACUUGUUCACAUGUUGGUCAUGUGUUCAGAAAAGCAACACCAUACACUUUUCCAGGAGGUACAGGGCAGAUAAUCAACAAAAAUAACAGGAGGCUUGCAGAAGUCUGGAUGGAUGAAUUCAAAAACUUUUUUUACAUCAUUUCCCCAGGAGUUACUAAAGUUGAUUAUGGGGACAUAUCAUCACGACUUGGACUAAGACGCAAGCUCCAGUGCAAGCCUUUCUCCUGGUACCUCGAGAAUGUUUAUCCUGAUUCCCAAAUUCCACGCCAUUACUUUUCUCUGGGAGAGAUAAGAAACGUGGAGACAAAUCAAUGUCUGGAUAACAUGGCAAGAAAAGAAAAUGAAAAAGUUGGAAUCUUUAACUGCCAUGGGAUGGGUGGCAAUCAGGUUUUCUCAUACACUGCCAACAAAGAAAUUCGAACAGAUGAUUUGUGUUUAGAUGUAUCCAAACUUAAUGGCCCAGUAACGAUGCUCAAGUGCCACCAUCUAAAAGGAAAUCAGCUUUGGGAGUAUGAUCCAGUGAAAUUAACCCUGUUGCAUGUGAACAGUAACCAGUGCCUGGACAAAGCCACUGAAGAGGACAGCCAGGUACCCAGCAUCAGAGACUGCAACGGCAGCCGCUCCCAGCAGUGGCUACUUCGCAAUGUCACCCUUCCAGAAAUAUUCUGAGAGGUUCUAAAGAAAAGCAAGGACUGACUGGGCUACCUCGGCUGAUACUUUGGCUACACUGUUAAGUAGCAACAGAAGAAGCUUCUGCUCGGCAGAAUCCACAGUUCGCCAGCUGUUAGAACUCCUGCAGCUUCUCAGUAGCUGUGAACCAGCCUUCCUGUAUAAGGAUGUGAAACUACCACACAUACUAGUGAAACUGUGCCCACUGAUGUUUACAAGAUUGAAAGAGUUUCUUCCAGCAAAUAAUUCAGAGAAUGUUUGGACAGUGGAAACAUAAUCAAUGAAAUAGUCUCUCUGAAGAGCUGCAUAUCAUUGUAGUUUGCUUGCACGUCAGUAACCUCUGCUGAAAGUGCUGUUGUAAUGAAGAAAGUUUCAAGAAUUUUUUUCCUGGUUAGCAGUGGCAACCAGACUACUAAAUAUAGAUCCACAACACGUGAAAGAGAGCUGGAGACCAGAUUCAGUAACAUGAAAUAAGAAUUCUGUGAUUUAAAAACAAAAAGUAAACAGGGUUUAAUGGAAACUAAAUCAGAACUAUGAAAAGUACAAUUUGUUAUAGUGAAGUAUCAAAUUUAUAUGUAGAUUUUAUACCUCACUGGGGGAAAAUAACCAAGUCAAAAGGCAAUUGUUCCUCUUUUUCAAUUGUGUGAUAGUCCAUAAAUACUUUUUUUUUUUCCAGUGGGUCUAAAAUUGUUUUGGGUGCAAACAAAAUGGGCAUAAGAAUAAACUUAGCUCUUGAAUGUCAGAUCAACUUUUUUCAUUUUUUAAUUUUAGUUUCUUGGCUGUUGGAAUUGUAUCUUUUUAUUACUGUCUGAAAACUGGAGCUUAACAUGCUGUCUAACUUUUUUUUUCUGUCCAGACUUGCCAUUUCAGUUGAUACUUGGGUCAGUCAGCUUAUGGACUUUAAUGGCCAAACAAAAGAUUUAAGUACACUUUGAAAUUAUUAAGUCAACUUGAUGGAAUAUGCUUAGUGCCCAAGACUCAUGCUACUGUACUAUGGUUUUGUUUUCAAAGCAAUAAAUCUUUUGUUCCUUGUUUGAUUUCAGUCAUCAGAAAGCCAGAAGAAGAUACGUGAUUUGGGUAGCAGGAAACUGGCAAAACUGAAGGUUUUCUGGAAUCCUUUUUCACUUCAUAUUCAGAUGUGCUUCAUUGUCAAGUGCAUAUUUAGAUUAGACUCUGAAUUGUAAUGUUGAUCUGCUGCUUUUUUCUAAUAAAACCUAAAGAAAAAUAGCUAAAUUGGCAUGGUUUUUAAAGUUAACAUAGCCAAAAGCAAUAUGACUGCAUUUUUUAACUGAAUUGCUGUGUUUUGUUAAGAAAAAUCUGUGUGGGCUGAUCUUGAAAAUGAGCCACUGAACAGUCAGAAUAUAUGUUGAAUUUUCUUUUGGAAAGAAAAAUGAGAUUUGCUUAAUGGAGAUGAUAUUUUUAUGAUAAAUGUAAUUGUUUGGCCAACUGUCCUGGAAAGCAAAUUAAACCUAGACACAUGCAAAA